GCGCUCAGCGGGCCGUGGGGCUGCCGUGCUGGCUCUGGGCGGCUGGAGCUGGCCGGCGGCGUGCAGCCAUGGCGGAGAAGUUCGAUCACCUGGAGGAGCACCUGGAGAAGUUCGUGGAGAACAUCCGGCAGCUCGGCAUCAUCGUCAGCGACUUCCAGCCCAGCAGCCAGGCCGGGCUCAACCAGAAACUGAAUUUUAUCGUCACUGGCUUACAGGACAUCGAUAAGUGCAGACAGCAGCUUCAUGACAUUAUGGUGCCGCUAGAAGUGUUUGAGUACAUUGAUCAAGGUCGGAACCCCCAGCUCUACACCAAGGAGUGCCUGGAGAGGGCGCUGGCCAAGAACGAGCAGGUGAGAGGCAAGAUGGACACCAUGAAGAAAUUCAAAAGUCUGUUGAUUCAAGAACUUUCCAAAGUGUUCCCAGAAGACAUGGCCAAGUAUCGGAGCAUCCGAGGGGAGGACCAUCCCCCUUCCUAGCUGCCUGAGCAGCGGACCUGAGCCUGUGUGGACCUCUGUGACUGGGACACCCGAUUCCCUGCCCAUGAGCUGCCCGCAGCCUCCUGGUCAGCGGCCCGAGGAGGAGGCCAGGGACGGGCCGAGCCCACUGUCUGCUCGGCAGGGUUGUAGACGCAGGGCUGCGCUGUCAUCAGAUCCCACCCACAGUGGCCUCAGGACACAGGAGGUCUCCCGGACACGUGUCCAACGGGGGCAGACUGCCACAGCUCUCUCCCACCUCCUGUGCAGACCUCUCAGCAGCUGUGCGCUUAAUCGCUGCACCACCACCAGGGCUCGAGAUGAGAGCCCAGAACAUUCUUCUGGAAAUGUGAAAUGCAGUUUGUAAAUUAAAGAUUCCUAAAACUUG